AUCUGCGCGGCUUCCAUUACAGUCAGGAGAACAGACUUUAGCAGUAUCUGCAUGUACACCGAUAGAAAUUGCUCUGGACAUGGAUUUACACUGAAUUUAAAGACCGUUUUAAAUUGAGGCCUGCUUGGCGGCAGUGAGACGGCAGGACACUCACUGAACUGACUAAAUAGUUUUUUCCGGAGUGCUUUGUCUUGGCCAGCUAGCAAGCCAUCAUUGUCAUUUUCUGUUGCAAGCUACCCAGCUAGUGUCUGCUAGCUGAAAAGCCACGGAGAACAUCGCCAUGCCGUUAUCAAAAGGGGAUUAUUAAGAAGGCAGAUCUAUAUACAGAGGCACACGUCUUUUCCACCAGGUUUCACCGUUUUGCUUCAGGGAACCCGAACCUGAGCUACAGUCGCGGAACCCUCAGACUGUUGUCCUCAGCGACAUGGCGGAGCAAAGCUACUCUUGGGCGUACUCCCUCGUGGACUCGAGUCAAGUGUCCACCUUCCUCAUCUCCAUCCUCCUCAUCGUCUAUGGCAGCUUCAGAUCUUUAAACAUGGACUGUGAGAACCAGGAGAAGGACAAGGAUGGAAACCCAACAACAGCCAGCUCCUUCAACAACAACAACUCUAAUAACAGUAUUCAGACCAUAGAUUCCACCCAGGCCCUGUUUCUGCCUAUCGGAGCGUCGGUGUCCUUGCUGGUCAUGUUCUUCUUUUUUGACUCAGUUCAGGUGGUCUUCACCAUCUGUACGGCAGUCUUGGCAACCAUCGCGUUUGCCUUCCUGCUCUUGCCCAUGUGCCAGUAUCUGACCAGACCCUGCUCCCCACAGAACAAGAUCUCGUUUGGCUGCUGCGGGCGAUUCACGUUGGCAGAGCUGCUGUCCUUCUCCCUCUCUGUCAUGCUGGUGCUCAUCUGGGUGCUGACAGGUCACUGGCUGCUCAUGGAUGCUCUGGCGAUGGGUCUGUGCGUGGCUAUGAUCGCUUUUGUGCGGUUACCCAGUCUGAAGGUAUCCUGUCUGCUCUUGUCUGGCCUACUCAUCUAUGAUGUGUUCUGGGUCUUCUUCUCCGCCUACAUCUUCAACAGUAACGUGAUGGUGAAGGUGGCCACGCAGCCGGCAGACAACCCCCUGGACGUCCUCUCCCGCAAGCUGCACCUGGGCCCGGGCAUGGGCCGCGACGUGCCCCGCCUCUCCCUGCCCGGGAAGCUGGUCUUCCCCAGCUCCACGGGCAGCCACUUCUCUAUGCUGGGCAUCGGAGACAUCGUCAUGCCUGGCCUUCUGCUCUGCUUCGUGCUUCGCUACGACAACUACAAGAAACAGGCCAACGGGGAGGCCCCGGGCCCCGGCAACAUGUCGGGACGCAUGCAGCGCGUAUCCUACUUUCACUGCACCCUCAUCGGAUACUUCGUAGGUCUGCUCACUGCGACCGUGGCCUCGCGCAUCCACCGUGCCGCCCAGCCUGCUCUACUCUACCUGGUGCCCUUCACCCUGCUGCCUCUGCUCACCAUGGCCUACCUGAAGGGGGAUCUGCGUCGCAUGUGGUCCGAGCCUUUUCACGCCAAGGCCAGCAGCUCCCGUUUUCUGGAGGUAUGAUAGUGCUGCGGUGACCAGCCGAGAGAGAGAGAGAGAGAGAGAGAGAAAGAGGGAGCGCUCGGAAGAGAAGAGGAGGCAGCUUCAUUUUCUCAUCAUCCCUCGUUCUUACUCUUCUUUUUUCCCUUCCUCCUGUUAGACAUUGGAUGUAAAGCAGUUUGUGGACUUCACUGCCAAACAGAUUCACUUCCUGGCUUCAACACCUCUCUUUCCUCCUCUUUUAUCUCUCUUCACUCUUCACCCUCUUU